AAUUCGCCUCUGUUGGAGUACGAAGAGUGGCUUGUAUCUAGUUAUCUUCUGGUUGAACAGCACAUGAAUCACUCGAUUCCCCGUGUCAGAGAAUAUUCGUCCAUGCUUCUCGAUGACCUCACAUUGUCAUUGCUGGAAGUGGACAAUUGGAAAAUGCUGGAGUGGGAGAAGCAGAGGAUCAUCGUUCUUCACACAAGCGAGCAAAGCAAGCAGCCAAAUCAUUGGCUUGGGCGGCUGCUCUGCCGACCAGGCUUGGAAUCAACCCUUGACCGAGGUAUUCUGAAGACCAGCAAGAAGAAUCCAAUGGAGUGCGGGGACAUUUUUGACACAGAUACUAUUCAAAUGCUGCAAGGUCCAGAUGGUCAACCCUUUCUCAAAACAGGCACCAAUGAAGGGCGAUAUAUUUUUGGUCUGUGUAUGGAUGGCUUUCAACCACAUGGACGAGGUGGUCCACCUACAUCCAUCGGAGCCAUAUAUCUCGCCUGCAUGAACCUUCCACCCGAUAUUCGGUACAGUCUUGACAAUCUAUUUCUUGCUGGCAUAAUACCU